ACACUGCUUUUGGAAACUAAGGUUUCCAGUAUUUGUGGCAAAACCAGUGGUAGAAGAGCAUUUGUUCUACUAUGCCUAUAACAGCUACAUAUUAAAAAUUUAGUUAUUAUUUCUACAAACAGUAUUAAGAUUGGUCAUCGUUAACUCUCGAUGUUUGUGACAUGAGUAGUAGCACCCCGAUCUCGGAGUACCGAAGCCCCAGUAGUGUUACAGGCUACGGCGGAGAAGCAAGGGACGGUCUCCGUCUUUUGCUUCUUCCACCGGGCGAUUAGUAAAUACUGUAGUACCUGAAAAGUGCAAUAAUUACGAGAUUAUAUAGGCUGUGAAGUGUUAACUAGUUAUCUCCUAAUUACUUCGUGAAAAUUAGGUCACAAUAAACUGGUGUAAUGCAGUUAUUGAAAUUCAAAAAUUUUUCAGCAGUAGAAAAUUUUACAGGAGUCCGUCUUCUUCUUGUGUACGUACCGGUAGCUAUUUCGAAGCCGUAAACAACUGGAAGAAAUGAGUCUGAUGAAGUGUUGUUUCGAUACUGAGUUACCGGAUGUGGUAGACUCAGUGAUACAGAAGUGCACGGAUCCAGGAUGUUGUUGCGUGUGUUGCUCUGCUUUGAGGCCACGGUACAAGAGAUUAGUAGACAAUAUUUUUCCAGCUCUUCCACAGGAUGGACUAGUGAAAAACAACAUGGAGAAAUUAACAUUUUACUCUCUGUCGUCACCUGAAAAGCUGGAUAGAAUAGGGGAAUACCUGUUCCAGAGAGCAAGCAGGGAUAUCCACAGACGACGAACAGGGUUCGUUGUAAUAGCAAUGGAAGCAAUGGACCAACUCCUAGUUGCUUGCCAUGCACAGACACUUAAUUUAUUUGUUGAAAGUUUUUUGAAGAUGGUACAAAAGCUACUUGAAUCAACAGAACCACAGCUUCAGAUUCUUGCAACACAAUCAUUUGUUAGGUUCGCCAAUAUUGAAGAGGAUACACCAUCAUACCACAGACGCUAUGAUUUCUUUGUGUCGAAAUUUUCUUCAAUGUGUCAUAGCAACCAUAAUGUACCAGAUAUGAGAGACAAAAUUCGUGCUGCUGGCAUCAAGGGGCUUCAGGGUGUUGUUCGGAAAACUGUUUCUGAUGAUUUGGUGGAGAAUAUAUGGGAACCAGUACAUAUGGAUAAAAUUGUGCCGUCAUUGCUCUACAACAUGCAGAAUUCUCGGUACCACACGAAGGAGGCAGACACCCCCGAGCCACCACAAGAGGAGAACUGUGACCCACCUGCACUUGCAGAGACGUGUAUGCGAGAACUGGUGGGCAAGGCUUCUUUUGGCCAUAUUCGCAGCGUCCUGAGGCCUGUGCUAAGGCACUUGGAUUUACAUGAGCUGUGGGUGCCAAAUCAGUUUGCAAUACACACAUUCCGAAUCAUCAUGUUUUCUAUACAGGCUCAGUAUUCAUACACUGUAGUGGAAACACUAAUGGCUCAUCUUGAUGAUAAUUCAAAAUCCAACCCUAAAAUUCGAACAAGUAUUGCUGAUGUACUUUCCAAGAUAAUAGCAAUUGCAGCAGGUGAAAGUGUUGGUCCUUCUGUUCUUGAAAUCAUUAACUCCCUUUUGAUGCACCUCCGUGUAUCAGUUACUCGAGAAGCACCAUCAGAUGACCCACAAGCCCAGCGAGAUGAGAAAUUGUACCAGGAGGCUUUGAUUAAUGCACUAGGUGAAUUUGCCAACCAUUUGCCCGAUUACCAGAAAAUCGAAAUAAUGAUGUUCAUAAUGAGUAAAGUGCCAUACCCUUCACUGGACCAUCUUCGUGGUUUUAGUGGACCAGGGGAUGUACUGUUACAAAAUAUUCUUCUAAAAUCAUUGUUGAAGGUAGGCACAAAAUACCAAACCAUUCAUUUCAACACAACAUUCCCUAUGUCAUUUCUGGAGCCCCUACUUAGGAUGUCAUUGGCAGCAGAUCCUGAUAUGAGAUUAUUGGUACAAAAAAUUCUUCAUACACUCAUUGACAGACACCAAAAUCUUGAUAAGCUCCUGAAGCCCACGGUGAACAUCUCUGAAUUAGAACUUACCUUAGAAAAAAGUUCACGGCCAGAUAUAAUCUUCAUAAGGAAACAUGGCCAUGAAAUAUAUCUAAGUUUGUAUGAAAGUUUAGAACAGGCUAACAACACUGUGGAAAAUAUUGAAGCAGUGUAUACAACAUUAGCCCUUCUCAUAACAGAGCUGGCAUCUGAAGAGACUGUCAUGGAUCUCUUGAGGCUUGUCAUAAGCAUACAGGACAUGGCUCUUACAAAUGGAACCCUGAGUACUGCUCAGAAGUUCAACCUCCAUGCAGUGGUUGCUAGUCUUCUUGUUAUGAUACCUAAUGUUGUUCCAAUACCUUCACUGAGAGAAUAUGCAGAAAAAAUCAUCAUCUUACGACAAACUAUGGCUCCUUACCUGUUACCGGAGUUGUUGGCAAGGUAUGAUGUGGAGCCAGGCCCUAUACCAGCAGAGCUGUUGGUUGACCAGGCAGUGGUUGCUGAGAAGCUCAGGAAUGCAGGCAUGGAUGCUACACGGCUCCAGUCAGCCGCGCCUUUUGCAGGACAACAUAGACACUCUUGGGCUGAUGCAUCGGCGCCUGUCCGUCCAAGUGGCAGUGGCAGUGUAGCUGAUCUUGGAUCUUUCCAGGUGGAUGUUGAUAGUGCUCAGUCAUCACCUGGAAUUGAAAGGAAACAGCCGGAGGAGAAGCUGACAUUUGAAUCAAUGAAGAAGAUCUUGUCAGACCCUGGAGACAGCAAGAAGGAAGCUGAAGAGGAGAAGAAGAUACAGCUGAACAAUACUUUCAGAACAGCUGCUUUUGAAGAAUUAUUUUCAAGGACACAGGCCAAGAAUGAUAUUCUUCAGAACAAACUGAAUGAGAUUUUCAGUAAAUUAACUGCUGGACCGAUAGAUGGAAUUAGAGCACCUCCAACACCAACGCCUAGUUUGAAACAAGAUGAGAAUGUACGUACAAACCCACCUGCCUAUGAAGUUCUCUUCCCAGAACUUUUUGUGUAUUAAAAUAUUUUGUUGUUAUUCAGUUCCUCAGAUUUUUUAUGAGGGAGGCAUUGUUGAUAAUGUAGUAUAGAUACUUGAACCAAAUAUGUUUGUUACAGCCAGAUUAUGGCAAACAUGCUUAACAGUAUUAUUGACUGAUAAAAGACAAAUCCACAUUAUGCUGUUUGACAUUUAUGUACAGCAAUUACAUAUACUGUCAUUUGCAGCCUAACCUGUAAUUUAUUAUGUCAUUGUUUAUAGAGGUAAUUAAUUUCAUGUGUACAGUUUUCAUCUUUGUUAUUAAACUGAACUAUUGCAUUUAUAAUGUUUUGUACAAAGGCAGUUAACAUCAAUGAAUGCCUGUACAUACUACUGAAAUAAAAUCCUUGUAACAAUGGGUGAAAGAA